GUGGAACUUAAAUUAGGCCCUCUGCCCACCAUCAUGAGGUUUCUGACGGUGCUAUCCCUUUUCUUGCAGUACUGCCUAGGUGUGUCGACAGGCUCCUCCCUCAAUUCACACAGUCUUCUAGCCCCCGGUCGAAGAUCAUGAUGGUGUCGAUGCGCAUGUUUGCAAUUGCCGCUGGCCUGACCCUUGCGCAACUUGCUCUUGCGGACUCUGUGAUACUCCCGCGCGCGCCUAUCAAUGCCUUUGGAAUCGUCCAGGAUGAAGAGGAGACAACCACCAACGACUACGCUGCAAAAUUUGCGCCGCAUGCCCUGCUUGGAGAGAAGAACGCGUCUGUGCCGUUGGUAAAGGAAAGGUCACUAGGACUCGAGGAGAGGCAAACCUGCAAUGCUGGAUAUGGGUAUUGCUCUGCCUUUGGGAGAUGCUGCCCGAGUACGGAUAACUGCUGUCCUUACGGCUAUUGCAUCGAUCCCGCCGACACCUGCUGUCCAGACGCCCCCUGCAAGCCAAACUGGGGUUGCUGUGGGCCCAACUGCUACCCGAAAGGCGGGGACUGCUGUAGCGACUACAAUUACUGCGAGGCGGGUAACAUGUGUGUGAAACUUGGGUCGACUGGUGAGAUCGUCUGCUGUACGGAUCUCCAGUGCACGGCCGCAGUCGUGAGCGGAACAACCUCAUAUCUCUCUACUCUAGAGUUCUCGACCCCAGUCUUCUCAACUACGGCUGAAUCCAUUACGCCUCCUCCCAGCGUCACUGCUCAAGCGACGAGCUUUGUCGGCGGUGACGACGAAUGGUACUGGACUGUGACUUGGUGGUACCUUUCAUUCUAUUGGACCGUUUUCCAGACCUCGGAAGUCACUUGGACCACGAUCUACGAGACGACGACUUAUACCACCACUGCAACGGAUAGGGAGCAAGCUUUGUCCGAGUUCUCCGCGCUAUCCGCUACUCUCACCUUCCCAGUUCCCGCGGACGCACAUACCUCAUUGAUCUACUACCUUACUGCCGAGCCAUCGCAGACAGAUAGUUUCCCAUCCGCAACGGGCUUCACUUUCAACCCGCAAGCAUUCAGUAGCAGUAUCCAGCCCACUGAAGUCAUUAUUACAAAGACUGCAGCCCCACACACUACUACUAGCACAACCAGCUCGAGCAGCACCACAAUUCAAGUAGCUUCAAGCACAGUUACCCCUGCCGCGGGAGUUCAAGCAGUACAAGUUGGCUACAUAUCCCUGGUUGGCGCAUUGGUGGCCGUGCCGGGAGUGUUGAUGGUGUGGCUUUGAGUUCUAAUGAUUGGACGUCACUUCCGGUGUAAUCAUGCUCACGAUGGUUUUGAUUUGAUUAGCGUAAUGUCUAGCUUGGGUACAAAUUUACUCGCCCCGAAUACUCAAUAUCAGUAACUUUCACU